GAGCAUACAACUCAGAUUUUCCAUUGAGAUCAGUGAAGUGACUCAGCAUUGUUUUUGUGCAAUCAUGCAGCCCCUGCUUUGUCCCCUGCUGUUUAUAAGCUUGUCAGUACACGUCUCAAACAAUGGCAGAUGUUUCAAGAUAUUGGUAAUUCAUCAUGGAUAUAGUAUAUUAUGCUGAUUGACUGGCUUUACCUGGCAAAAUGUAGGACGUUGCAUAAAACAACCAAGCAGAUGUUGUAGAUGUUGGCAAGUAUACGAGGGCAAGUAUGUAUUUACUUUUGUAAUUGUUUCGUGGUUAUUAAAUCGUGACUGGCAAGUGACGUUUUAGUUCUGUAUUCUAAUCAGUCUUUCUAACAUUAUAUUUUAGCACUUUAUGUCCUGCAUGCGGCUAUGGUACAAAAAAAGCUGAUACACUAAAGCUUUCUUCAUUCAAACAUUUUCCCUCUCAGAACUCCAGCAAUUUGUGACGCACGACCUUGGCUGGCUUGUCUGUCUUGGAAUGCGCAUUUGGAUCAGACAGAAUACCUGAUUUACUGAAUAUUUGUAUUACAGAAAACCUUGUGUGUUUUGCUUUCGAUGAUGUCCUUAAGGUUAUAUGAAUCGGUGUUAUACGGUGCCUUUUGCUUGGUUUCAAGCUUAGUCUUUAAUAAGCAUAAUAUAAUUCUCUGAACCAAAUGAAAAUUGAUACCAUACAUGUCUGCGACUUAUAUAAUUCAGCGUUGUGAAUUUUCACAUUUGUGGACUGUAGUGAAGUAGUAAUAGCGAACUUAAUUUUGCAGCAAACGAAAAAUUGGGCCGGAUAAAUAUUAAAUUAGUUGAAAUCUAAGAGCUUUCGGUUUUAUUUAGCCCAUGAAAAUGCAAAGAAUUUAAUUAAUUAAUGGUUAACUUAGCAGAUAAAUUAAAUCUGAACCUUUGACCUGCUUAUAGCGACAAUGUUUCCCUCAAGUUCGUCUCGGGAAACAUUGAGACUCUGACGGGAGCCUGCAGAAACAUUCAUUUCGGCUUUUGUACUGUAAUUGCAUCAUAGAUCUUGUGCCAAAUAUUCUUCUCACUCUAGUAACGAAACUAAAAGGUUUCCGUGCAUUUUAAAUUUUCCGUGACUUUUCCCGCGAGAAAUUGAAAAGCCAAAUUCCAAUAGGAUGGAGCUGUGCAACGAUCUCGCGCCGAUAGCACCAUCAGCAUAAUAUGUGAAUAUCUAUUAUAUUCUCGUUUACCUUUAGAAUAGCUAAUAUAUUGUGGCAUUGCAUCGAGUAUAUACGUUAUGAGUUUGUCAAGUGAAGAAAAUUCAGAAUUUGCACGAGUCAUUGCUGUAUUAAGUGAACUUGGAAAAGACAGCUUACUGAAUGUUUUUAAAGAAAAUGAGCUUACGGUAAGCGACAAAUGGCUUUUCGAAAAUUGUUUUGAUAUAUGUUACGAAACAUUAUUACUUAUACAUAGAAUUUUAGGGUAAAAAUACAAAACACAGAAGAUGUUUGCUUGAGAGCAGCUGAAAUGUUUGUUCAAUCAAAUAUUACUUUAAGCAUAAUGAGAAGAGAUAAUGGAUAUUUGGCCACAAAUCAAAGUAACGUAAAUAUUUCGAUUCUUCGGAAAACAUUCAUUAUUUUUUCCAUUAGGCUGCGACAGUUUGUUAGACUAGCUGCAGUUGUGUAUGUGAAAAUGUCAUGUUUUGAUUGACCUGUUUCCUAUAGUGUGUCUUGUGGGCAGAUCUGUUUAAACAGGGCAGCUGCCUUGGGUCUCAUGAACAUCGACCUUUUCACGUGGACAGACUCAGGCGUAAAAUAUGAGUCAUCCCAAGCUAGAUAACACUCGGUCACGAAAUCUACAUAUUACGUCAUAGAAACCUAGUUCGAUAAAAUUACGAGUAAAUUUGGUUUAGUAGGUAAAGUAAGGUUCACAUAGGUAUAGUUUGAAGUUUUUACUAUAAGACCUGCAUAAGUAUUUAGAGUUCUGAGCCUGUUUUGGCAUUGAUCGAUUGAACAGCGAACCGGCUCAACAAGUGCGACAACGCCUUAAACAAAUAGAAUGUGAGAGCUGGAACGAGCUAGCAACGCCAUCCCACACUUUUAAAACUCAACGUUGAUUGGCUGGAUACAGAUCAUACCACUUGUUAGAUCGCGUGUACAGAGAUCCCCUCGACCGUUAGUAUAAAAGGACGUGCACAGUGAAAGUCGACAGUGAACGUAGACGCGCUAGUGGAUGAUCUCAGUAGACUAUAGACUAUGGAGUGGACACCUAGUGGACUCAACGAAGUAAAAAUUAUGUAUGAAAAGUUGCAGAAAGCUCAAACGAAACAAGACAAAACGAAGAAAUUAACGAAACAGAUCACGAACCGUGAAAACCAGUUGAAGGCUGAAGUGAACUUAGGAAACUACCCCACGAAGACGAACAUUAAGAACUGACAGUCAUUAGAGAUUGAUUGUAAACGAUUCCCUACCUCGCGUAAAUAGUCCGUGUGUUGUGACCUCGCAAAGUGCCUAGAAAACGAUUUUCAUUAAGCAUGUCUUAGAUCUGAAAUAUUUUUACGGGAACUAACACUUUCGAACACGCUGAGUUCAAAUCCGAAAAGUUCCCACUCCGUAGACCCGCAGUUUUUUCACAAAAUGCUAUUUUAUCUUCACUAAUUUCACAACAAAUUUUUUCAUUGUUCAACAUCACUGAUCGAUGACGAUACACGAUUAUGUCACUCAAAAAGACCAAUUUCUAUUAACCAUUCUUCCUUUUAACAAAAGACCGGUUUCGCUCGAAUCAUUUUGAGUUAUGUAAUCUUAUGCGUGUUGGACGUAAACAACAUAUCUUGUCUACAACUUUGAGAAGGUACAGAUAAUUCCUUCUAAUAUCCUUAGUUCUGGAUCUAUUUCUAUAAAAUCACAAGGACGUUAAUGUCAAGUCUUUGGGCUAUGUCUCUGGGCUGAGAAAUAAUUCCUUACAUGCGAUCAAAAUGUUUUAUACAAAGAUAUAAAACGGUAAUCUAUAUGUAAUGGAUCAGCACUGAAAUUUCCAACACGGUUUCCAAGACGUAAUUCAAGAGAUAACUUAUCAUUGAUUUGAACUAUUACAUCAGUUGGUGUUAUGCUGUGCGAUAAGAGAGUAUUAUUGGAAAGAGGGCCUAUAUACGUCGAAAUCAUCAAAUAAACAGCUCAGGCACACAUUUCUCCACUUCGCGGUAAGUUUACAGAGCGUAUUUUAUACUUUGUGACUGAUCUUUGUCUUUGAUGUGAACAUUUAUUCUUAUAGUUUAAGGUUAUUUAAGAUUGAUCCUGCCGUAAGUCUUCUACCUGCAACCAUUCGACAAUAUUUCGUUUUAGCGUUAUCUUUGCCGUUACGUUGGCUUCGCGUUACUUUUGUUUUAAAUAUCUUGAUCGCGUUUAAAGAGUUAUUUUUCAGGCCAGUGACAUAGCUAAAAGACUUGACAUUAACGUCAUUGUGAUUUUAUAGAGAUAUCUCUAGAACUGAGGAUUUUUGAAAGCGUUAUCUGUACCUUCUCAAAGUUAUAGACAAGAUAUGUUGUACGCAUAAGAUUACAUAACUCAAAAUUAUUCGAGCAAAACCGAUCUUUUGUUAAAAGGAAGAACGGUUAAUAGAAAUUCGUCCUUUUGAGUGACAUAAUCGUGUAUCGUCAUCGACCGUAUCGUUGAACAAUGAAAAAAUUUGUUGUGAAAUUAGUGAAGAUAAAAUAGCAUUUUGUGAAAAAACUGCGGGUCUACGGAGUGGGAACUUUUCGGAUUUGAACUCAGCGUGUUCGAAAGUGUUAGUUCCCGUAAAAAUAUUUCAGAUCUAAGACAUGCUUAAUGAAAGUGAACGAUAUCGGGUCACAACACACGGACUAAAAGAAAUGAAAUAAAAUAUACUUAUAUAACAUAUAUAUCAACGAAUAAUAAUCAAUAAUAAUGCAAUCCUAUAGUUUAUGUCAGAUCAUACUCGUUUACUAACUGUAUGCUGUUACGAGGUCGGCUAUACAGGUUGUAUAAAAAAGGAGACCUUUAGAAAUCAAGCAUAUUGUUAAAAUUUGAAUGCCUUUCAAUUGCACAUAUGCUGAACCGUGGUGCGUGAAAUAUUGAUGGAGUGCAUAUAUUAGAAAAAGGAGACCUUUAGAAAUCAACCAUUGUUAUAAUUUGAAUCCUGGAGCACUUUGCUAAGCCCACAAAUGCGUAACAUGCGAUCUACGUACAAUAUGCAUGGCAGAUUGUUCCCAAGAGCAGACAAUCUUUUGUUUAAACGUUAUUUCAAUUUCUAAAGGUCUCCUUUUUCUAAUAUAUGCACCCAUCAAUAUUUCACGUACUACGGUUCAGCAUAUGUGCAAUUGAAAAGGCAUUCAAAUUUUAACAAUAUGGUUGAUUUCUAAAGGUCUCCUUUUUUUAUACACCCUGUAUUGCGAGUCUGCGAGUUGCGAGUCUGCGAGUUGUGAGUCUGCGAGUUGCGAAUUUGCGAGUCACAGCACAGGAACAGCAGGUUAUUUUUUUAUUCAAUAGUUUAAUAGUUUAAUAGUAGGUAGGUAAAACUUUAUUUAAAAAAUUUCCACGAGGGGCGUGUGGAUUACAUGAUAUUAUAUGAAAAAAAUAUUACACACACGAAACUAGUACAAAUAACUAUACAAAACAAUUAUGUACAAAACUAAUAACAUAAUUAAUAUUUGAAAUUAUAAGCGUCAAUUGCAUUUAUGAAUGUUGGUAUAUAAUGUAUCUGAAUCACGCAUAUCUGCAGGUAAUGAGUUCCACAAUUUAGCUCCAUCAUAACAGAAGCUUUUCUUAAGGUUAUCAGUUUUUGGCAAAAGUAGUUGUAUAGUGAGGUAGAGGAGCCCCUAAGAUCAUAUUCUGUUAUGUUUCUUUUGCGUACGAAGAGAGUAGCGAGUGAACUUGGAGCCAAAUCAUUUAGAACUUUGUAUACAUUUGUUUAACUUUAGAUUUAGCUCGUCGAGUUUCAAGAGGCUCCCACCCUAGAGCGUUUAUUACUUCUAUACCAGGUGUAUUGUACCUCAAAUUCAUUAUUAUUCUUGCAAUUCUAUUCUGCAGUUUUUGAAGUCUGCUGGAGAGCCCCACAGCAAGUGUAUCCCAUACCUCACUACAAUAGUCAAAAUGAGGACGUAUUAAAGCAUUAUAAAUGGAAGACAGAGUUUCUCUGUCAACAAAAUCACAGAUUCUUCGCAUAGCUCCAAUUCCAGACGUAACCUUUUUAACUACGUUUUCAAUGUGUUUGUUCCAAGAUAGAUUUUCGUCAAUUUCAACACCAAGAACUCUGCUAUGUUGGACUUGUUUAAUACUGUCAUGACCGAUGUUAACAGAUGGUUGAGAAUCAAGGUUGUUCAAUUUAUGUGAGCCAAUUAAAAGAAAUUGCGUUUUUGCAACAUUAAGACUUAGUUUGUUGGCCAAAAGCCAUUCUUUUAUGCGUAAGAGAUCAUUAUUCAUGACCAACUCAACCUCUUCUAUAGUUUCUCCACCUGCAGUAAGAUUCGUAUCAUCGGCAAACAGCCGAGGACUAACUUGUCUAAGACAGUCUG